CAACAACUCCACAUCGCUUGAGACCAUACACAUGAACUGAGCUUAUAUUCUCACUUUAUCAACUCUGGCCGCGAUGCUACCUUCGAGUACUUUCGCAGCAGCCUCCUUUCGUCCGCCGAAUCACUCAUCGGCCGUCGCUCAACAACAGUCAUCGGCCUUGGCAGCGCGUAUAGCUUCAAAGAAGGCCGAGCUAGAAAAUCUGAGGCAACUGCGAGACAUGAGCUGUGCACUGGCAGAACAGAUGCAAGCCCUGGAAAUCAAGAUUGGAAGUCUUAGAGAUGGAACUGAAGCCGUCGCCUGUGUUCUUGCGAACUGGGACAAUGUGCUGAGAGCGAUUAGUAUGGCCUCGGUGAAUCCUGUUAGCCUUGGCUUCGCAAGCAAGAGCGAUCCGAACAACCCACAAUUACCCGCAACCCUCGUAAGAGUACCAGCUGAGUCUCAAGAUGCAUCAGGGGACCGGUGAUAAACGAUCAUUGGUAGACAUGGCAUAAGCCAGCUUUCCAUGAUUAUCAGAUCAAGUAUGGGCUGCCGUAAUCCGGUAGAGAAGGCUCAUAUGAUGAAUACGACGAAAGGUGUCUCUGUUGAGCAUGGCAGCUCCAGCUCAGGUGUUGC